AGACGUUUCAACCCGUCAUCCAUUACGGAGCAUUCAAACAGAUCAGAAGAAAUCUAUUAUUAAUCCAUGCUCUGAUCCAAGACCCUUGCUGCACAACUGAUCAAAUCGAGGUACGCAAGCCAUAUCCUACGAUUUCUAUUUCUCGAUCGCUGUUUUAAUAAGCAAGCCCCAUCGCGUCUUACUCAUAACGUUAUCUUUCUAUCUGCUCGUCGUGGUUUGUGAAGUUGGAACAACGAGCAGAUAAGACUUCAUGUUUGCGACAGAGUCGCAUACUCAUGUUCGAAUAGCCUAUACAGGCACUCGAAAUUAUGGCUACGAAUGAAUCUGCCACAAUGUCGCCGUUGCAGAUAGGAGGAGUUAGUGGAGCUAUAAACAGCGGAGAGAAAACGGUGGAAAAGAAGAGGGAAGCGAAGAAUUAUAGAGGAUUCGUCGCGGGUGUGUUCUCUGGGGUCUCGAAACUUACUGGUAUGGUAAAUUGGGUUUGUUUUUGUUUGUGCUUUGCGAAGGUUUAGAUUAGCGGAUUUCGCAUGGUUUGGUCCAUGCGAUUGCAAUUGCGGUUGGCAAUUGGAAUCUAUGUUUAUGAGAAAGUCAAGAGUAAAUGCUAAUGGUUUACUUCGAACAGUUGGGCAUCCAUUCGAUACCAUAAAAGUCCGUCUCCAAACCUCUACCACAUCCCAAUUCAACGGACCACUACAAUGUCUUCUUCUCACCCUUCGCAAUGAAGGUUUCACUGGUCUCUACAAAGGCGCUACUCCCCCUUUAGUAGGCUGGAUGUUUAUGGACAGUAUAAUGCUGGGUUCCUUAACCUUUUACCGCAAAUUCCUACAUCAAACCCUCUUUUCCCCCUCCCGCAUGGCCGCCACCCCAUCCAGUCUCGCCCGUCCAGACCCCCUCCUGACAGAUCCUUCAAAAAUACACAAGCUACCCUCUUUAGGCCACGCCCUCGCCGGAGUCAUGGCCGGCGCAACCGUCAGUUUCAUCGCCGCUCCCGUUGAGCAUCUAAAAGCACGCCUGCAAAUCCAGUACUCGAGUAAGAAAUCCGAGCGUCUCUAUAGCGGUCCUAUCGACUGCGCCCGUAAAAUCUAUCGAUGCCAUGGUAUACCAGGUCUUUACCAUGGACUUGGCGCUACCCUAUUCUUUCGCUCUUUCUUCUUCUUCUGGUGGGGUUCCUACGAUGUAUUCACGCGUCUCCUCUCCGAACACACAUCUCUUAGUACACCCGCCGUUAAUUUCUGGGCUGGAGGUCUCUCAGCACAAGUUUUUUGGAUGACGAGUUAUCCCAGUGACGUGGUAAAACAGCGGAUUAUGACAGAUCCAUUAGCAGGCGGAUUAGGAGAUGGGGUUAGAAGGUUCCCAAAUUGGAAAAGUGCUGCUACGGCGGUUUAUAGGGAGAAUGGAUGGAAGGGAUAUUGGAGGGGAUUUUUACCAUGUUUUUUGAGAGCGUUUCCGGCGAAUGCUGUUGCGCUUGUGGCAUUUGAGGGUGUUAUGAGGUCGUUGCCUUAAUGUGCAUGUGCGGUGACGAGGAUUAUGGCGAGGGAAAUUUAAGGAAAUGUAAGAUAUUGUACAGUCAGGAAUGCAUGGUAUGCAUGGCGUCAAGGACACCUGUGUUUGCUUACAUAUGGGAGUAAGAUGGAACGAUCCAGCGAAGGAGGGCGACAACCUCCAUAACGAACAGCAUGAAAGAUAUAUUGGACUGAAUAGAGUAAGGGGUAAGAGUGUCUAAUCUAAAUCUCCUCUUACAUAAGAUAGAGAUAUGACAUGUACUAGUAAAUAGAUGAAUAAGUGGAUAUAAACAUACCACUUGAUACACUAAGAAAUAUAAGUAAAA